AUGUAUUUCGGAAGAGAGUGUAGCCGAGCGGCUGAAGGCUCGGGAACUGAAGGAGACUAUGGCAAUGCCGGACUAGAUUCCCAUAACCGCGCUAUCGCAUUUACACUUUGGCCAUCAUCGCUCACAACUUUGUGUCGAUUAUUGUCUCACGGGAUGAGUGCAGACAACCCACGUCCGCUCUGGCCGGCGUUGUACCCGGCUGCAUCUCACAGGGACUCGUCAACACCCAAACAAAGGCCGCACAAAGCCUGGCCCUUGGUUAAAAAGGUUACGCGCAAGAGUAUCGCCGUUGCAGCGUGCGAGUCGUGUCGCACACGUAAAGUAAAGUGCAAUGCGCAGCGUCCGGCGUGCUCGGCGUGUCAAAAACGAAACGUGCGCUGCCAUUACGAUGCGGAUCCGUCUGAAACGCCCGGGCAGGCACUGAAGAGAAAGUACAGCCAGCUACAAGAGUCGUCAUCGUCUUCGACCGACAAAAUCUAUAAAAUUCUGCAGAUGCGGUCUGAAGAUGAGGCUCUGGACGUCUUCCACCGCAUACGGCGUGGUGCCGACCCGGACUCGAUACUUCGACUCAUCGAAAACGCCGACGUGAUGAUUGAUCUUGCUGUGGCACCCGAAACGAGGUUACGGUUUGACUUUCCGUACAUUGCCUCUAUGCCACGCUAUCUUUACGCGGCUAGCAAUACUUAUCUCCAGUCUCCCAUCUACGAUUACGCUUUUGGUGACGAGAGCCGUCAGCAGCGUGCUAUAAAUGCGCCAGCUGGCCAGGUUCUCAAACAAAGUAUACCAUUUCUUCGGCCGUACCAUGCUGCUACCGUCAUCGAUCCGAGGCUGAGCAAGGUUAAGCCCUCGGACUGGACUGUGGUGUCGGAAAAUGACCACCUCAUGCGAACAAUGUUGCAACACUUCUUCAUGUACGAGUAUCAAUGGCACGCCAGCUUCCAAAAAGAUUGCUUCUUGGAUGACAUGGUUUCGGGGGAUCGACAAUUUUGCUCGCCUCUUCUUGUCAACUCCAUUCUGGCCCACGCCUGCCACAGUGCCACUGAACAUCCAAAUCGGGCAGAGUACUGGAAUCCUCGUACAUUGGGAUACCUGUUCAUGGCUGAAGCCAAACGUCUGUGGGACAUGGAAGCCGGCAAUGUGAGAUUGACAACUGUGCAAGCCGGACCAAUCCUCUAUCUCGCGCAUGCAAUCUGCGGGUCAGACAAGAUCGGCAGAGCAUACCUGGUUCAGUCGGUGGCCAUGGCGGAGAAGCUUGCAAUCUCCAAGCUCGACAAGAAUCGUGUGAGCGGCAAGGCCCAGGAUGCAAGAGACUUCACCGCGUGGGCGAUAUUCAUCUCCCAAAUUCACAAUGAGUGGUACUUUCAGGACAGACCACUCCUGGAUGAGAAGCCCGAAGUUCCUUUGCCCGAUCCAAACGACAACCAAGAUUGGUUUGGAGAGUUUUGGCUCAAGUAUCCCUCCAGCGAUGACUUGUAUCCCGCUCACUUUGGCGCAUCAUUCAGAGGUCAUGCUCUUCUUAGCGUCAUCUUCAACGAUAUUGCGCGCAAACACUACCGUGGCCAAGAGCACAAACCGGUCUUUUCUCUUCGCGAUAUCCUGAGCUACUACAAAAUACUGGAGAACUGGUUCGACAGCCUGCCACUGCCGUUGACACCGAAAAACAUCAUCUUCCCCGUGCACUUGAAGCUACAACUCAUGGUCGCUGCAGACAAAUUACAACAGCAGUCCAUCUGCUCCAUUCUGGACCGGUGGACGGCGGAAAGCACUGCACGACAGCUGCUGUCGGAGGCGAUUGCCUCACUCGAGACCCUGAUUCGGCUAUACUACAUGCGGCACAGCUUCGAGCGCUUGGAUACUUUUAUUGUUCAGCCGCUCGCCGAACUUGCCAUGAUCCGUCAAACGGACACUGGCGAUGGCAACAUACUCGACACGGAAUCGGUGCAGUCGACAGUGGUGCUCUGCGCGCAGGGAUUCCGUGACCAGGGACGAAACCAUUACCUCGGGCAAGCGUUAUUUCAUCUGACGAGGAACAGCGUGCGUCCCAAGACUCGAGCACUGAUUGACAGAUAUCUGUACGCGGGCCCCCAGGUUCAGGUGCCUUUGACGCCAGUGUUGGCUCAAGAGGUCCACUCCAAUUGGCCCUUGAAUAUCAUAGAUGCCUCGGAAAACCCGAAGAAUCAGCGACUUAGUGAUGUUCUCAAAAAUCUUGAGAAAAUAACGCUGAAUUCCUCCGCCGAAGCGUCCUAA